GUGGCGCUCAUUAUAAAAGUGUCUCCUCUUUCUACAGCCACUCCCUUCUUGAAGUGAAUGGGGUGCUGGUUGCGCUUGCCGUCGGCACACACGGCAACGGUGACAGCAACCAGCUUCCUGGUAUUUGGGCAAAGUACAAUGCGUACGGGGCAAAUGAAAAGUUGAAUGAAGACGCUGCAUUGGAAGGAAAAGCGUGGGAGACGCAGCUUGUGACGAAGCGACCGGAAGCGGAGGGCUACCUUGUAUCACCGUUCGGCCCCAAGGCUGUGGGGAAGAACAAUAAAAUACAUUUGCUUCUGCAAAAAAGAACAGGGGCUACACCGUCUUCUUUGCAGAGCGAUCCUGGGUGGGGCCUUGCGUUGAUUGUUGGUGAGGUUCAGGGGUCCACGGGCGAGCGGGGGGAGCAGCGAGUCUCGUGGGGGGAACCCCGGCUGUUGGAUUCUAUGCUUGCCGCACAGAUGCAGCAGCCAUGGGAGAGGCUGGGACCCGCGAGUAUGUCCAGAGGCGUCGCGGUUGGGGCCGCAACGGUUCUCUUCCCUCUUGCGGGAUUCACUACCGACGGAACAAACACAAUUGCCUGCACCGUCAUGCGCUCCGAGGACAAUGGGGACAGCUGGAGGCUUCCUGCGGCGCCUGUGGUUGCUGAGGACUGUAACUCUGCCACGCUUCUCGAGUGGGAGGGGAAACUCUUCAUGGCCACCUCCGGAUCUUCUCCGUGGCGGCGCAGGGUCUUCGAAUCCGGUGACGAGGGGAAGACGUGGAACGAGGCUGCCGGGCCCUUCGCACGCCUGUUGGGCGACGCACACGCAUUGCCUCUGCUCGACCCUUCUGCCGCCCUCAUGACUGCAACCAUCGCGGGCAGGAGUGUGCUGCUGUACACCACGGUAAUGUCAGUCCAUAGUGUUGGGGGCAAACGCCACCACGUACUCCACCUGUGUCUCUCCGACGGUGCUCGGACCCACGAUGUUGGGCCAAUAUCUACUGCUGCUGAGGCGGGCCACGCCCCCUUCAGCUCGCUGCUGUACACAAGAGAUGAUUUGUUUGCCCUCUACGCGAAGAAAGGCCCGGUUGAACGCUCAGACAUUCUUGUCGUUGCGCGCCUCCCGCAGCAGCUCCAGCGCAUCAAGUCAGUGCUGCAAACUUGGAAGAACGUGGACGCCAAAGUCGCAAAGCUCUGCAGCUCCGCCGCCACCCCCGCUGCGAAGGGCGCCGCAGAACCCGCUGCUGCCUGCGUCGGUGCUAUGCCAACGGACGGGCUGGUUGGGUUCUUGUCGAACAAUGGCAACAAUACCCACUGGAAUGACGAGUACCUUGGGGUGGGCGCCACGGUGUCUGGAGAGGCAAAGAAGGUUGCCAAUGGCUUUGCGCUGGCAGGGCGUGUUGCAUCGAUUGUGUGGCCGGUGGGCAGAGACGGGCGUGGCCCAGGGCACGGUUCUGCGGGCGAAGAGGUGACUCUUGUGGCGACGGUGACCAUCAACGAAGCGCCACCGACCGCCACCCCACUGCUGAGCGUGAGGACAGCGGAGACUGGAAUGUAUCUGGGGCUGUGGUACGACGAGCAGAGGCGCUGGAGGACGAAGUUCAGAGCAGAAGCGGAUGCACAAAGAAUGACGUGGGAGGAGGGGAGGGCAUACCGAGUGGUGCUCACGGUGGAAAAUGGCACGGGCUCGGCAUACGUCGACGGGCAGCUCGUGGGGAGUUUGGAGGAGAAACCUCCCUUUGCUGGUUUUGUUGCUUUGUCUGAGUCUGAGUUUGGGCCUGAAGAAACUCUGUUGGGGAGGAGGUCGCCGGAGAGGGUCUCGCACAUCCUCGUUGGGAAAUACAGGGACCGCGAAGUAAACGCAGAGGUCCACGUGACGGUGAAGAACGUCUUGCUGUACAACCGCUGCUUCAACGCCAGUGAGGUUGCGGCGCUGGAGAGGAAGGAAAAGGAGGAGGCCAGCGUGACGGCGCCGGAGGAGGUGCCGCUUCGCACCGCCGCACCCGCCGCCAGUGACCCGAAGAACUCUGCGCACGACAAGGCCGCAGCAACUGGCGGCGUGGCCGAGGAGCCGUCAGUGGCAGCCGGCACUGGCCCCGCGACGACCGACGCGGCUGUCAGUUCUGCGGGGGAUGCCUCGGUGACGCGCGGUGCACCGGCGCCGGGCCUAAACAACGCCUCCGCCGCACUUGCAAAGGAGGCUGCGGCCACAGUGCAGAGGGAGGCUGGGGGCGGCGACGGCACUGCGCGUGGGCGUGUGUCUGCGGUGCUCUCGCUGCUUCUGCUUGCGCUGUGGGGCCUCUCCGCGCUGUGCUGA